GUUGCUGCACAUCCACACACCCCCUGAUCUUGCACUCUGAGAGGUGUGUGCUUCAUUCAUUCACUUAUUCAUCCAUACUGAGACUUUUUCCCCGAGACUUUUGGAGUUUCACAGGCUGUUAUAGAAAAGCUGGGUGCAGGAUUUCCAGUGGAUGUCGUGUGUGUAUAUGUCCAGGAGAGCCGUGGGUGUGUGGAUGUGUUUUGGUGGGACUGUAUAGCUGGAUGGCAAAGGUAUCUGUGUGUGUGUGAAGUGAGUUGUUAAUCCUGGAAUGGAGCCAGCUGGAUAAGAACAUGUGGCCUUACAUGCAGGAACAGGACUGACUUUCAUUGAUAAAAGAGGAAAAGUCACGGCUGAAUAAAGCAAAGUGGAGCGUCAUCACAGAAGAUCGGGCCUGCUGGAGGGAAGAUAAGAGAGUGGAGAGACGCAGGAAAAGCGACCAAUAGAAGAGAAAAGAGAGAAAGAGAGAGAGAGAUGAUGGAUCAAUCGUAUUUGUGGAUCUUCCUCUUGUCUCUUUCCCUCUCACAUCAGAGUGUGUCUGCGCAAGCUGAAGAGUGUCGCACAGCUUUGCCUGCGGACAUUGUUUUCUUGGUGGACGAGUCGUGGUCAGUGGGUCCUUCCAGCUUCGGUCAGAUUAAAGAGUUCAUCGCUGAAAUCAUUCACUCCUUCCAGAGCAGCGUGAUCGGACCUGAGGGAGUCCGCUUUGGAGUCACCUUAUACGCAGACAUCCCACGGAUGCGCAUCGCUCUGACAGACUACUCCACCAUGGAGGAGAUAUUAAACGCGGUGGAGGAGCUGCCAUAUGAAGGAGGAGGCAGUCGCACGGGUGUGGCCCUGGAGUUCCUCGUGGAGUCCGUCUUUAGCCCGUCAAUUGUCCGGGAAAACACUCCAAAGAUUGCGGUGCUCAUCACUAACGGCAGAUCGGAUGAUGCGAUCGACGGCCCGGUCAAAACAAUAGCGGAGAGUGGCAUCUCUCUUUUCGCAGUAGGUGUAAGGAACGCUGAUCCGGAGGAGCUGAAGAGGAUAGUGAGCGAGCCUCACGAGGAACACCUGAUGCUCAGCCUUGAUUCGUCCCAUCUAGAGAACCUUCUGCCCAAAGUCUCCCGCCGAGUGUGUUUCACCGCCUCCGAACCUCCUCGACCUGUUAAACACACACGUCCUGUGAUGGAGAAGGUGGUCGGCCCCAAGGACCUGCAGGUCAGCGAGUUGAGCUACAACUCUCUCCAGCUCUCCUGGAGUCAGGCCACUGGGGACGUGACAGGUUACAGGCUGCUGAUCGCUCCCGUGUCUCCAAAGGGCCAUCUGCUCCCGAUAAAACCCCGACAGAUUGAUUUGAAGGGCGAUGUUGGAAAUACCAAAGUAACCGGGUUGACCCCAAAGACCGAGUACUCUCUCACUGUCUACGCCGUCUACCCGGGACUCAUAGGAGAAUCCUCUUCUGUAAACGCUGAGACGAGUCCUGUUCCACCUGUAGCAAACUUCCGUGUGAUUGAGGAGGGGCUGUUCUCUCUGCGCACGGCCUGGACGUCCCCACUCGGCCACGUGGACACGUACAAAAUCUUCAUCCCGAGAUCCGACAGACCCGGGAUGAUCUAUGAGCAGACGCUGCAGGGCGAUGCCUCCUCUCAUGUGAUUGAUAGCUUGGAGGAGGAUAAGAUAUACACAGUUAGCAUCUACGCCAUAUACCCAGAGGGACCCAGUGAGCCUGUUUUCGUCAUCGGGAGAACAUUGAAGCUGAUCCCUGUUCAGCAGCUGUUGGUAGAGAACGCCACCACGGACACGGUGCAGGCUCGCUGGCUCUCGGUGAGAGGAGCGUCGGGCUACAGGCUCACCUGGGCAUCCUCAGAUGGCCACAUUGAGAGUGUCAACCUUGCAGGGAACUAUAAGUUCUACAUGGUGCAGGGUCUCCACUCUGGAACAGAGUACACUGUCAGCAUCAACCCUGUGUUUGUGGAUGUAGAAGGACCGGUGACAUCGGCCAAGGUCAAGACAUUGGAAAGCAGCGCUGUACAGACUCUUAAGGCCACCGUGGUGAGCACCAACAGCGCUUUGACUUCAUGGAACGCUGUCGUAGGAGCCACAGGAUACAGGUUGGCCUGGGGUCCCACUGCAGAAUUUACUGGAAGAGAUCGACCCAGGCAGAUGGCUCUGAAUAAAAGCAUUACAGAGUAUUUACUAAAAAAUCUGGUCCAUGACACUGAGUAUGUGAUUUCCCUCUAUGUCCUGUUUGGCUCCGUGGUGGGACCGGGCAUCACCGCUACUUUCAGGACGUCUCCUCUUGGUUAUGUAUCGAAUUUCAAGGUGAUAUCUUACACCAGUUCCUCCAUUAAUGUAGAGUGGAGCGCCAUCGUCGGCGCCACGGAGUAUAAACUGACCUGGACCUCAGAGGGAGUACGUGCACAAAGCCGGUAUGUGGACCACAGUGUGUUACAUCACAACAUCACCGGCCUCCAGCCAAACACGGUGUACACCGUCAGCAUCCACGCCCUGUACGGAAACCUGGAGGGGCCAGAAAUCUCUCUGACACAACUGACAGCGUCUUCCUCGAUCGAUUCGGAGCAGAUUGAGACAGUAAAGGAGCUGAAGGUGGUUGAUAUUGGAGUAAACUCUUUCAGCCUGUCCUGGAGGAAAACGCCUGGGGUUACUGGCUACAAAAUCACCUGGACCCCUUUUAAUGGGGGAGAAGAGAAGAGUGUGAUGGUUUCCUCAUCCAUCACAUCAUACAGCAUCACCGGACUGCCAGCCAGCUCUGCCUACAAGAUCCAGGUCUCAUCAUUAGUGAGGGAUCGGGAAGGAAGUUCUGCUACGGUCACGGCACGGACAUUGGACCUGCCUAAAGUAACCGGGUUCAGUGCUCUGAACAUCACUGAUGAUAGCACUGCACUGAACUGGACCAGAGUCACAGGAGCUUCCGGUUAUCUCCUCUCCUGGAAACACAUAUCAGAGCUGGAGAGUACCACUGAAAUACUGGGCCCCGGUUUCACCUCAUUUAAAAUCAAAAACCUGCAGUAUGGAAGAACGUACAUCUUCACCAUCCGACCCCUUUAUGGAGAGGUAGAGGGUCCUGUCACCAGCGUUACCAAACGGAUCGUGGGCACCCCUCGCCUCGUUCCUGUCCAGCCUGCCACAUCGACCCCCGUUCCAACCAGAAAAAACUUCAGCACUAUAGACAUCAAUAACUCCAGCAAGACCACCAGCACCAGCACCACCACCACUCAAAGACCUGUUGUCACUAAAACGUCCCAGUCCAUAACCAUGCUCACGACUGCAGAUCGAGACCCAACCACUCUCUUCGCUCGAACACCCUCGGCUGGACCCGUGUGUGGCCGGGUGAAGGCAGACAUUGUGUUUCUGGUUGACGAGUCCUGGAGCAUCGGUUCGAAAAACUUUGGCAAGCUGAAGGACUUCCUGUUUAGGAUAGUGACUUAUUUCCCUGUAAUUGGGCCACAGGGCACCCAGAUAGCUGUGGUUCACUACAGUGAUCAGCCCAGGAUCGAGUUCAGCCUGAACACACACAGAGAUCGCAGCUCAGUGCUCAGAGCAUUGAAGCAGGUUCACUACGGAGGAGGAAACACCAAAACAGGUCGAGGGAUCAGUUAUGUCCUCAGGGAACUGUUCCGGGAGUCUCUGGGGAUGAGGCAGAGCGUUCCUCACGUGCUGGUCCUGGUGACAGAUGGAAAAGCCCAGGAUGAUGUGGAACCACCCUCCAGAGUAGCACAUGUUCUAGGUGUGAGCGUGCUGGCCAUCGGUGUCGCAAACGCUGACAUUGAUGAACUUAAAAAAAUAGCUUCACCCCGACCAUAUAAGAACAUCUUCUUCGCCGCUGACUUUGAUGAUCUCCCUUCUGUUGAGAGAGAGGUGAUCAGCAGCAUCUGCAGCGACCCUCUGAUGUCGGAGUUUCAGCACCAUAAAGAGCCGGACCAACUGGACAUACCAACCAGUGACCCGGUAUCUAUUCCAAAGCCUGAGGGUCCUUGUCCAGUCCAGUGCAAGGGUCAAAAGGGAGAUAAGGGGAAUGCGUUCGGACACGGUGGACUGCGGCCCAAAGUAGACGGCACCGACUACGACCCGUUCUCAUUAAAGAUUAAAGGGGAGAAAGGAGAGAGGGGUCUUCCUGGGGCAGAUGGCAUACCCGGUGUACCAGGACGACCGGGUCGCACUGGACCCCCUGGUUCUGCUGGUCUGAGGGGGCCUCCUGGUGUUCCUGGUGAUAUGGGUCCACCUGGGAUUACAGGACCAAAAGGUCAGCGAGGGGAAAGAGGAGAACCUGGGUAUGUAAUGGCAAACAUGGAUGUUGGCCAGGGCCGAAAAGGAGAACCAGGAUCAUCUGGUCCUCAGGGACCUGCUGGUGUACCGGGGGUCUCAGGACCUCCAGGACUCCCAGGGCAGCCUGGACCACCUGGUAUUCCUGGUAUUUCCAUAAAGGGUGAGACUGGAGAAACUGGUGCUAAAGGUCUCCGCGGGAAGCCAGGACCCAAAGGAGAAAAGGGGGAAGUUGGAGAAAAUGGUCAAGCAGGCCUACCUGGACCACCUGGACUGGAUGGAAAUUCUGGACUUCCGGGACAGAAAGGGGACAGGGGAGAAAAUGGUGUUGGAAUUCCUGGUGUCCAAGGUGUGCAGGGUCCUCCUGGAGAAAAGGGAAACACUGGGCUCCCAGGGCCAGUUGGACAAAAGGGUGAGCAAGGAAUUCAAGGAGUGGCAGGACCGAAUGGUUUCAGGGGAAAAAGAGGUUUGAAAGGCGAGCAAGGAGUCAAGGGUGAUCGUGGCGAUAGAGGCCCGAUGGGACCACUGGGAUUAGCAGGCCUGCCUGGAGCUGUUGGGCCGAAGGGGGAGGAGGGACAGCAGGGAGCACCAGGAGACCCAGCUAAAGGCAUCCUUGGACCCCCUGGGAAAAAGGGUGCGAGGGGAGACAUCGGCCCGGUCGGACCACCUGGGCUUCAGGGAAUUAAAGGUGUCCAGGGAGACAAAGGUGAAAAGGGGAGUCCUGGCUUUGGGAUUCCUGGAACACCAGGUCCUAAGGGUGAGAGUGGUGAGAGGGGUAAUGUUGGAUUAUCAGGGAAACCUGGACCCAAGGGCAACGAUGGCUAUAAAGGGGAAAAGGGUAACAUGGGUCUGUCAGGAAACCCUGGCCCUCCUGGACUAAGAGGUAAAGAUGGUUUGCCCGGUUUAAAAGGAGACGCUGGAGUGAAGGGAGAGCCUGGUUCUCCAGGACAGGCAGGAGAGAAAGGCAUCAGGGGCCCUCUUGGUUUCCCCGGACAACCAGGAAGCACUGGUGAGAAAGGAGAUUCUGGGAAACUUGGGCUUCCUGGUCCUGAAGGGACGAAAGGAGAGAAAGGCGAGCAGGGGAAACCUGGUCCACCUGGAAAUUUUGAGUUGUCCACGUCAGACAACAUCAAAAUUGUCAAGGGUGAGCCAGGUGAUCCAGGUGAGCGUGGCCUCCCAGGUCAGCGAGGAGAUACUGGACUACCUGGGCCACCAGGUCCACCUGGAAAACCUGGACCUUCAGGAGUCAUGGAAAUUGCAGGCGUAUCUGACAGAGACGGAUUGGACGGUUUAAAAGGAAUGCAUGGACCAAAGGGUGAACCUGGAAAGAAAGGAGAACCCGGAGCCAAAGGAGACAAAGGAGAUCCUGGGCGAGUUGGAGUUUCUGGAAUGCCAGGUUUACCCGGUGUUCCUGGUAAACCUGGGGUGGAUGGCAAGCGAGGACUAGCAGGAAAAGAUGGGCAACAAGGACUCAGGGGUAGUGAUGGGAAAAAGGGGGAGAAAGGAGAAGCUGGUGUUGAUGGUAGAGAUGGGCAGAAGGGGGAUGUAGGUCCUCCGGGAUUGCCUGGACUUCCUGUGGUAAUGCCUGAGGGUGUCUCAAUAGAUGAUUUUCAGAAAUCUCUUCCAGUUUCAAUGGGUCCUCCUGGAGCAACGGGUUCUCCUGGCAUGAAGGGAGAAAAAGGAGAUUCAGGAGAGAAGGGGGACACUGGAUUGCCAGGAAGAGGUGUUGAAAUGAAGGACAUCGAGGCUUUAUUUGAAUCAUACGGCAUUAAGCUUUCCCUACUGAAGGCUUUAAUUGAUAGACUUCUGCAAGAUGGAAUGGAGGAACUAUUACAUGAGAUCAGUACCAAGAAAAGAACCAAAGGACAGACGAUACACCCCGACUCCAACAUCAUCACUGAAUACACUAACUCAGUGAAGUACGAUCUUUCCAGUGAGCCACAGACUGAUGGACUCCUGCCUGAAGAAGUGGAUCGAAAUGAACCGUACACAGUUUUGCUUAAUGACACAGAAGAUGGUGGCACCCUCUGGAACACCACUAUGCAUAGGAACGCAGAUCUGAACAGAACAGAGAGCAGGAUUGAAGUAGAAGAAGAAGGAGAGGCUCUGCUAGAAUCCUUCACAGAAGCACCAUCUAUUCUCAUGACUCAGAUCAACUCCUCUUUAGAGACGAUUAAUACAACAAACGCAGAGGUAAGUAUAGAGGACGUCCUCCUCGGUCAGGACAACACAGUAAAGAAGACUUCUGUUGAGAAGAAGAAGGGCAGAGAAAGAGGAAAGGGGAAGGGGAAUAAAGGACGACAUAAACGACAAAGGAAGCAAUUGGGAGAGCUGAACCCUGAUCAAGAGGAGGAUGGUGACGAGGUUCAUGAUGAUGGAGAUGAUGGAGAUAAUGAUGAUGGUGGUGGUGGUGGUGAAGAUUAUGAAUAUGAGGACGAGCAGGUUACAGAAGGGACUGUUCUUUCUCACGAGGAAGAAAAAGAGCAGGUGAUCUACACAACCACAGAGGCUUUCACCUCGAUAUCAGCAGUCACACAGCAGCCGAAUGUAAGCACGAUAUCACCAGAGCUCGAUACAGAGACUGCAGAAAAGGUAAGAGUUUUCACUUCUAGUGCAAAUGGAACAAUGCCUAAAGUGAAGAGGAGCGCCCCCUUGCCUGAUUAUGAGCCUUCAAAUAAUGCAAGAAAGAGAAAUACACAAAAGAAAAAGAAGCCGAAAUACAAAGAUCCAGUAUCUGCGGCUGAAGUGUACAAGGAAACAGAUCUAGCUGCUGAAGCAGAAAGAGGAGUGGAGAGACAGGCUAAAAUAGAAAGAGAGAUGACAGAAUGGGACAUGGAGGAGGAAGAGAAACAAGGGAUACAGGACCAGCCGGAGAAUGACCAGAGCUCAGGAGACAGAGACGAGGAGAGGAGCGAUGAGAAGGAGGACUGGGACUGGGAUGAAGAGAGAGAGAGAGACAGGAUGGAGAUGGAGAGAGAGAGGAUGGAGCUUGAACGUGAGAGAGAGGAGGAGUUGGAAAGGGAGAGAGAGGAGGAGUUGGAAAGGGAGAGUGUCAUGUCGAGGAAACAAGGGAGGGAGAUGGAGAGAGAGGAGAUAGUGGAUAGACAAAGGAUGGAGUGGGAGAUGAUGGAGAGGGAGAGGAUGGGAGAGGUGGACAGAGAGGAAGACAUGAGAGCACACAUCUCUCAGUAUGAACUUCUCAAGGGACCUCCUGGUGAAAAUGGUCUACCAGGACCUAAGGGUGAGAUUGGGGAAAAAGGACAAAAGGGCGAGCCUGGAAUAGGACACCGUGGUCCGGUUGGUCAGGCUGGUUCACCUGGUCAAAAGGGUGAGCCUGGAGAACCGGGACCUUCUGGAGCCCAGGGCAUUCAGGGCAUCCGGGGCAACCCUGGGAUCCCAGGAACACCAGGUCAAAGAGGUGAAGCAGGAAACCCCGGGGAGCCAGGUAAAGAGGGUGACAGAGGAAGGCGAGGAAAAAAUGGUUCACCUGGCCCUCCUGGUACACCUGGCCCUCCAGGAAAAGAAGGGACUUUGGGUCCACCAGGACCAAAAGGCGACAAGGGCGACAGCAUCCCAGGGGAGCCAGGAGAGAGAGGCAUGGCCGGACUUCCAGGCCGCAGGGGCCCCAAGGGCACUCUGGGGGUUCGAGGGCCACCAGGACCCAUGGGUCCCAAAGGCUUUACUGGCAUAAAAGGAGAGAAGGGUGAUAAAGGGUUACAAGGCAACCGAGGCGAAAAAGGGAGUCCUCUGUCCAUGCCUGGGCCACGUGGAUAUAAAGGAACAAAAGGAGAAGCGGGUGAACGAGGGUCUCCAGGAUUUGAUGGUGAUAAAGGGGAGAAAGGAGAGGAUGGACCUCCAGGGGUCAAGGGUGUAAAGGGAGAAGCUGGAAUCAAAGGAAUUGUAGGGCCCUUUGGAGCACGAGGACCAGUAGGACAAAAGGGAGAGGCAGGAGAACCAGGCACAAAUGGAGAAGCGGGUCGUAACGGACAGAAUGGGCUGCAGGGGGAAAAAGGCGACAAGGGAGACAUGGGACUGCGAGGACAAAAGGGUGAAGAGGGUGAGCACGGAGAGCUCGGAUUACAAGGAGACAAAGGCAACAAAGGAGAACAGGGUUUUCGAGGUAUGCCAGGCAGGAUGGGCCUCCCAGGAAUAGACGGCGAACCGGGCAGCAUUGGAGACCCCGGCGCCCCGGGCAUUCCUGGACUUAACGGACCGCCGGGACGAAAAGGAGAAAAGGGUGAUGGAGGUCUAUAUGGACUUGAUGGUGAACCAGGGAAAAGGGGCGAGAAGGGACCUCCAGGUUUUCCAGGAUUCUCAGGUUUUAAAGGAGCCCCAGGUGCACCGGGACCCACCGGAGUUCCUGGCCGACCCGGUCCGGUCGGACCUAAAGGAGAAGUAGGACCUAAGGGAGAGAAGGGAAGGAGAGGCAGAAGCAAAACUUGUCAGAGAGGUCUCCCAGGAAUUCCUGGACAUAAAGGCCUGGAUGGCGAGGCGGGACCGGAAGGACAGAAAGGAGAGAAAGGUGAUCCGGGCCUGACUGUGACAGAGGUGAAGAACCUGGUGACCAAAGAAGUAGUGGAAAAGUGUGGGAAAGAUCAAGUGUACCCUCCUGUGAUGAACACCAAAGAUCAAGAAGAAGAGAGUGUCCUGAAAGAGGACAAGGGAACGGAGGAGUCCCCUCUCAUCCACAUGGAGCAAACCACUGCUUCACCGGUGGUUUCACACACCGAGUUAAACUUUGUGUAUGAUAACAUCACAGAAGCUGAAAACCAAAAGUGGAUGCAGACUCAGAGAGAUCGAAGACAUGCCCUCAAGGUGGCACCAGAUUCAUGUCUUGAGCCGAUGUCCGAGGGCCACUGCUCAGAAUACGUGUUGCUCUGGUACUUUCACCCGAGCUCUGGAGCAUGUCGGCCCUUCGUCUACAGCGGCUGUGGAGGAAACGGAAACCGAUUCAGCACGAAGCACGACUGUCAGACUUACUGCAGCCCGGGGCGGAGGGAUCCUCGGUCCUGAUGACAGCACCUGCUGAUGGGCCACAACUAUAGGAGCCAUUUAAUCCCAUGAUUAAUGAUGUCAUUUUGUAUAUUGUGUUACUUUCAUGACUUGUUAGUUAUUAUUUUGUUUUUAAAGUGUGAAUUUAUGGUCACUGCUGUACAUGAUUAGUUUUUCUAUAGUUGAAAGUUUUUUGAAUGUAUUUAACUUCUCAUUUGUGAACACUGUACAUCAUAUCUGCUUAUUAAGAGCCAUAUUUUAUUGCACUGUGGCAUCAGGAUGCAAUUACUCCCUCUGCUAUGUGAUCAUAGAAGUCCUUAUCUAAAUGUUUACUGCACAUUUUCAAUACAUUUAUACGUGUUUUAAAUCACACAGCCAUGAUUAUUAACACGUUCUGGUCAUUUUGCACUAAACACUUUAGUGUUUUUUUUUAAUGAUUUCACUUCAGCUAGUUCUUUUUUCAAUUUCUAAGCAUAUUAAAAUGGCUUCACAGAGACAUUGUUGAAAAGUUAUGAUGCUCAGUGUGCGUGUGCUUGUGUGUGUGUGCAUGCAUGGGUGUGUAUAUAUACGUGUUUGAGUGUAAAUGCGUGGGUUUACAUCGUGACCUCUCACGCCUGUGUAUAAACUCUGCCAUAUUGGCUUUGCUUCAACUCAAUUUGUUGAGUCGUGUCUGGAGAGAGUCUCCUGGGGCCCAGACAGAGAAUCCUCAGAGAACUGGACAUUUUUAGUCUGUGUGUGUGUGUGUGCAAGUUCCAAUGGACUAUGGAUAUCCCACCCAUCAAUGUCCUACCAAUUUCUCUCAUUAGUUUAUACACUUUUCUAGCCUGAGGUUCUUCUGUGAGGUAUAAAGCACACAUU